AUGCAUCUUCUACAAUGCCUUCUCGCGCUCUCUUCCGGCGUCUCCGCCUUCAUUCCCUACACCUUGGAGCUUCCCCCAGACUCCAGUGAGAGUGUCCCGCAAAGGCGCUCAUCCUCGGGCGACCGUCCGAAAUCCCUCGUCAUCCGACGGGUGCCGGUGCGGCGCGACAACCAAUACAAAAUGCUGCACUCGCAGAACUCCUCCACACCCAAUACGGCGGCCCUCGACCAGGACGGGAACGACCGGUCGUACAUCUCCGCAGUGAAUGUCGGUUCGCAAAACCAGACCCUCUGGAUGUUACUGGAUACCGGCGCCGGCAACACCUGGCUGUUUGCCUCGGAUUGCACGACCGAAGCCUGUAAGAUGCACAACACCUUCGGCGAGCAAGCCUCCUCGAGUCUCCAGAUGACCGGCGAUAGAUGGAACGUCGGCUACGGGACGGGCAAGGUCAGUGGGUUCCUCGGCUCCGAUACGCUGUCCAUCGCCAACUUGGAGGUCGAAAUGACCUUCGGAUUGGCCAGUGACGCCUCGGACGAGUUAAAGUCGUACCCCAUGGACGGCAUCCUGGGUCUAGGCCGUGCCGAGAAGGGCGUCUUCGGCCACGACACAUUCAUGGACGUCGUCGCAAAGAAGGAGCUCCUCAAGUCCAACAUCGUCAGCGUCAGUCUCUCGCGCGGCCAGGACAAGAUCCAGGAUGGCUCGGUCACCUUCGGCGACGUCGACAAGUCCAAAUUCACCGGGGACAUCACCUACACGGACACGGUGAAGAACACUGACCAAUGGCGCAUUCCACUGGACGACGCCAGUGUGGAUGGAUCCGCCUGCCAGUUCUCCGAGAAGUCGGCCAUCAUGGACACGGGAACCUCGUUCAUGUUGAUCCCGCCUGCCGACGCCAAAGCGCUGCACGGGAAGAUCCCUGGCGCCAAGCCCUACAGCGACACGGGGUACCUACUUCCCUGCGACUCGACCGCCGAGGUGAACCUGACUUUCUCCGGGGUCAGCUACACGAUCUCGCCCAAGGACUACGUAGGGUCGAAGACCAACGACAACUGCGUGUCGACCAUUGUUGGCAAGUCGAUUUUCGGCGACGAUAUCUGGUUGGUGGGCGACGUCUUCCUGAAGAAUGUGUACACCGUGUUCGACUUUGACAAAAGCCGGAUCGGGCUGGCUCAGCGUACGUAUGCUACCGACUCGAAGGGCUCGGACUCAAACUCGAACCCGACGACAGGAUCGGGUUCGGAAGCGACCACUACGUCGACGGCCAUGACAGGGGAGAUCAGUUCGACUGGCGCGACUAGCUCGAGCACGUCCAGUUCGUCCAGCUCGAACGAGACUGCGUCGGGCGAGGCAUCGAACAUCGGACCUCGAUUCUCCUGGCCGAUAUUGACGGCUUUGUGUGUGGUUGGCUUGGGUCUGAUGUAG